UUUAUCCAAAAAGGGGUCAGUGUGAACAAAAUCUUAUUAUUAUUUUUUUUUUUUUUUGAUCUUUUAGAUUUUAAGAAAGCCCUCGAGGAACAAAUCAACACCUCCUGCAGUGUUCUGGAAGAAAGCAUCGUUCAAACUUACGAGAAGCAUAGCAAAACCAUCCAGGACAAACUUCAGGAGUUGUUUGCAGUUCUAGAAAGAAUAAGUAAACUCGAGAGUGAACUGAUGGACUUCAAACAAGCACUUGGUGUCCUUUAUAACGACAUGCAAGUUGUGUAGGCAUAAAUACCUGUACUUGAACUGAUGAACUGUAACUAUAGCGUGUUUUAACCAUUUUGUUCGGCUCGCACUAAUGUUGAUACCUUAUUUGUCAUUUGCCCAUCAAUGGACUUGUCGCCUGUUUUCUCGAAUAUUACUAGCUGGUCUAACGUGGUAUAAAGAACUUCUGUAAAAUCGCUUGAUUAACUCGUUGGUUAAUAUCCAGAAUUGCUACGCGACUUCUGCGUCACAAAACUGAAAAACUGAUCGCCCGGCGAGCCAGUAUCGACAAGAAACAACAACGAACUUCCCAAUUGCACUACAAGUCAACCAAACCGUAAAUGAAGUGGUCAGUGAAGUGUUCCCUUGGUAAACUGUCAUCAUACAAUUUUGUUUUUGGCGCGGAAAUCACAAUCUAACACUCGUUUAAAAUAACAUCUUUUUCAGUUUACAUCUGAUAGUAAAAACACAUUUCAUGUGUUUUUAUAAACACGACCUUACAUUAAGUAAACUUCUCACUGCCAACCAUAACUGCUUGCCGACGCCGCUUGUGUUCUUAAAACAGAAGAGCCGUAUUAUUGCGUCAACGAAACGAACGAAAUUACACAGUAUUGUAAUGAAAUACCCAAAGUCAACGAUGGGUGAAAGGCAGGCUCUUAAAAGGUAGGUUUCAACAAACCAUGGCCAACAUAGAUAUCGUAGCGAAUGUCCUCAGAUACGCUAAGAAAAGCUGGUAUAACGUCCUGAAAAGAUCUGUCUUCCAGAAUCGUCCGAAAUUACUACACUAUUCCGAAAAUGUUUCGCUUUUACGGCACUUUUGGCACAGACAUGACAGGGCUAUUUCUGAACCACGACCCCAGCACGAGAUUUCAUACCAUUGUUAUAGGCCAUCGUAUCUCAUCGAUCUUAGAAAUGGAGAAAAAUUCCGAGUUCGACGAUCAAUGUCGGUUUAGCUUUAACCCGUCAGCUUUACGGUAUCUGUUUCGAUCCAGUGUCUGUUACAAAUUUUCAAUGCUCUUAGGAGGCUCAUUACAGAUUACUAUACGGGGAGCAAAACGUUAGCUGACGGGAUAGACAGACUGCAUUUCUGGAGUUUGAAGUCAAAUGGCAGCAUUUUCGUUGGUACGUGGUGGAAAGAAACUGCUCCGUGUUUGCUCGACUAAUAGUUUUGCAUCUUGGCCGAUUAUAGUAUUCAGUCUUAGCUUUGUUAACGAUAUUGCUCAUCAUGUGACACUUGAGUGGGUACAUGGUACUAGAACUUCGAGGGCUGUGACUCGCGGAGGAAAAAUUCAAUCCCAGCUCUUUUCAUCAGAUUUUGACGCUGGCUACUGGAAUCUGCCAUCGGAGAGUGUUGUUGUCGCAAUGGUGGUUGAGGUUAACAAGCUUUAAUGGGGUUAAACAUUGGUUGCAAUCGUCACUAGAGUUUUUUCAAAAUCAUGUCAUUGAUCUUUUGACUAAGACUUCUGUCUUAUGCCCCAAGGGAACAAUGACGCCCUAACAGACCUUUGCCAGUAAUCUGGGGACUCGCCUUCCCAUGCCACUGGCCUUUUUUUUUUCUACCGGAGCUCUGCCAUGUCAGGCCUGCUUUUUACCAGCAUCAGUUGGUCUACUAUUAUUUUGGCGGCAACAGGAUUUUUCAUAUGAGCCAUCGUGUUAGUGAUUUUGUCGAGUAACUCAUCGGUAUACGUUAUAGAGGUUGCUGGCACUGACAUCAGUUAAAUACAAUAAGAAGCUGUUUACUGUAUUGACUAGCUGAGGGGAAAAUAUUGCCGUCUUGUCGCAUCAGGCAAUGUUUCAUUUUGUUCCACUAAUUUCGUAUCUAACGUAGACUGAAUUUCUCUUUGAGGGUUUCAGGUCAGUCCGUUUUUAUAUACUUGGAGGACAGGUUAUAUUGUUUUUUUUUUGUGCCGGAUUCGUGACAAAGAUUUUCUACCGCUUGACCUUCGGUUUGUUACACUUUAUGGUGUUAAGACACACUUGACGAUAACACCUUUCGGCCCGAUAUUUAUCGACUAUCACGAGUAAGCACUUGAGUUUGAAAAUCCAAUGUACAAAUGUAACCACUAGCUAAUUUUUCUUUUCUUACCCUUGUGCGUAUUUGCUGGAUAUCAUCAAGAUCUCAAAACAGAUUUCUCUCAAAUAUUUGUCAAAUGGUUUACUGUCUGAGAGAACAAAUGGUUGCUUAUUCGCGGCAAAAGCUAUGCUAGAUAUGUACUCGAGAUGUCUGUUGUUGGAGAAAGGAUGUUCUGUCUAUGCUUUCCUAGGUAUGUGCUUGCCACCCUUUUUUCAUUUACAUUCGAGGCGGUUUCUUCUACCACAGUGACAACAUUUUGGUAUCUAUAUUGGACAUUGCCACAUUUCAACGGAGUGUUAUCCGGUACAGAAGCCUUCUUUGCAAUCCGUUUCGUGACUUGCGAUUCUUGUAACAUUUAUCGCUCACAAUCAGCCAUAUGUACUUGUUUGUGGUUUAUUAUCACAGUUUUGGUUAUCUUCAGGUAUUUUCUCUUCCCGUAGACAGAAAAGACAAAUACACGAAGACUUCAUUUGUGCUUCUGUGUGUGCCUUUGCGGUCCUUCAUUAGUGUCAGAACGAGUUUCCGAUCUUGCCUCUUUUCUUUAUGAUCAUGACCCAGAUCCUAUCGCAAAUCCUGUCGAGAACUCAUGCACGAUGGCAAGUGUUAUGAAGGCCCCCGAUUGUGUUGUCAGUCAAUUCACAAACAGAGGCCUCUGCUAUUAAUUAGACUGAAAUUUUUUUUUAUUCUAGGUAAGCAAGUAAAAGUAAAACCUUUAUUUAAGUGUCUAUGCGUUUAGCCUAGAUAGACUAAUUGCGGACAGUAGUAAAAAUAGCAACACUAAUUGACAUACGGUACUUAUAAAAUUUGAAUAUUUACAGGAGGUCCUAUGAUAGCUUGUGAACAAGAUAAAAUUGUACCCUACAUUUGUUUCAUUUCUGAUCUUUGUUACUUCCUUUCUCUGCUUGCUACUAAACCUUGUACCGCAGAGAUACUACAAUUUCUUGUCUACUGUUUCCACUACUUAAAUGCAAUAAUUAUUUCUUUUUCUAACAGAGAGUUGCUGAACUAAGGUAGCAAUGACGUCAUAUCGCGUGCAAAAGCUCUGCAAUCUAUAAAAAUAGCUGCAUUUUGCGUUGAAAAUAAAAUCUGGUCUCUAGCGAAAGAAAUACUAAACCCAUCGAGGAUUGAGUUCCGUCUCAGGAAUACUCUGUGAAGCUUUGAUUUCAGAAAAAUAUAAUCCCAAGACCUCUUUAUUCUCAAUAAAGAAUUGAUCUAUACAACUGACACAUAAAUAGUCACAGAAGAAAAAUAAAGGGGCACAUUCUUUGUCAGUAUUCUUAGGCGUCAGUAAUGUCCAAUGACCUGUGGUUCUGUUGCCCCCAUUCAUAACAGUACUUGAUUUAAACCCCAUGGUGGAAUGAGGCCGAUAAAGGUUUUUCUAAUCGACUCUUUUCGUUUUAGUUGGAGGAACGGGGUUGUUUUACAUAUUAAUCGACCGGCGCACCGACUUAUGAAGAACUGCAACCGUUACGUACAAUAGUUGUGGAAGUCUGCGAUGAAGUACCACGAUGUUCUCAUUACAUGUAGUUAAAGCAAACUGUUUACUUGCUUGGCCCGAGUUUUACACAGGACACACACAUAUAAUGACUGACCUGUAUGUUGCAACUAAUGUACGUAGUAACAUAUAACGCGACAGAGGUGAUCGUCGAUAAUUUGAAAGGAAGAACCCCAUAUGUCGUCUUGUAGGUGUGGUUCGAAUUUAUGUUCGCCCCCAAAAGAGGUGUAAAUUUUUAAACAGUUGUCGUGUUUUCACAAGGUUACCCAGCGUCCUAGAAAAUACUGAGAUAG